AUGGGCGACAAGCUCAACAUCAUUGGUGACGAAGCCAAGGCACUUGGAGAGAAGAACAAAGAGCACUUUGACCGAGUCGCCGCUGAAGUGUUCAAGCACCCGUGGAUUCAGCGGCUAUGUAAUCAGAUAUCUGACGAGCUCAGAGAUAACACUGACUGGAUCGACAUUCCAGAAAGGCCAGAUGGAACCAAAAUGCUCGAUUAUGCCUGUGGCAACGGCGUCGGUUCUCGCGCACUCGCUGGAUUUGUCUCCAUCGUCAGAGGCAUUGACAUUUCAUCCAAGAUGGUUGAACAAUACAACAUGCUUGCAGAACUUUCCGGAUUCAGUCCAGACAAGAUGAGAGCUAUAAACGGGGACUUGAUGGACCCUGAAGCCUCGCCUUCCCCCGAGCUCAACACUCCAGAGUUCAACGACUUUGACUUAAUCGUCAUGUGUAUGGCUCUCCAUCAUGUAAAGGACUAUGCAGCUAUGAUUCAGAAACUGAGCGAAAAGCUUGUCCCUGGCGGCGUGCUUCUAAUCAUCGACUUGGUUGCUUCAUCAGAGAGUGGCUGCCCUGAAGCCCCUAUGGCUAAGGAAUUAUCUAACCAUACCAUGUCAAAAAUGGGUUUUACUGAGAUGGAGGUCAAGACUGCUUUUGAGAAAGCUGGUCUGGACGGUUGGUCUUGGAGAUGGUGUUCUGAGAGAUCUCAGGUUCCUGAAGAGAUAGGUGGAGAGCAACAGGGCUUUUUCGCCCGGGGUUGCAAGGGCAUCGGGGGUAGCGGGAUUGGGCAUCUGUAA